ACAGUCAAAGAUCUUUCGAACUAUUUCGGAAGACUUCGGAUGCAGUUGUUUCUGAUUGGUCCUGCACAUUUAAUAUAUCGCCUAUAACCCCUAAAUACGCCCCUGACGAACUCCAUCAAUGGAAAUACGUGAAAUGCCAUUCAAACGAUCAAUAAGCAUGCGCGUUCAUCCAUCGAUCUGUCAGGGGUUGGUUGCACCCUCUCAGUUUUCUUCUGACUCAUAAAAACUCCAAGUGAAAACAGUGCUCGUUGCAUGGUUUCGAAAACGGGCAUUCAUGAGAGGUUUUCUCCUCGAAUCAAGCUGACAAAGUCGAAAUCAUUAUGGCGUAUUUUCAUAGUAACACGUCCAAGAGUCCCAGUGUGCUGGAGCAACUGUUAGAGGAGAUCAAUUUCCAGAGAACGAAGGAAAUGCGCCAGUUGCUCAAAGAUGAUUCUGGGUUUGUCAUGCUCCAAGGAACAACCUAUUGGACUGACCUGUUCGUCAGGCAUUUUUUGUUUCAAAACGAAGCCACCAUAGACUGUGAUGAUCUUCUCUUCUUCGUUAGGAAGAAACAUGUCAAGGGAUCACCCAGAUACCUGCCGAAAUUUGAGACUGAAGUCGACGUGUUUCGAAAAGACAGUAGAAAACUGCCGAUUGGUGAUCCGGAUAUCGAUUGGGAAGAGACUGUCUAUUUGAAUUUGAUCAUACACCAAUUUGAGUACACUCUAACCCUUGCCAUUUGCACAAGGACCAGUCCAAAAGAGCUGCAGGUUUUGAAGAGGCACUCGCAGAAGGUAUACGCUUCACCUUCAAGAAGGAGAAUGGACACCAAAGGUGAAGUGGAAGAGAUGACCUACCCCCACAUCUGUUUCAUGGUAGACAAUUUUGACGAGGUAUUCCACGACAUCUUGGUGAGAGAUGGUGAAAUGGUAUGUGUAGAAUUAGUAGCUGCAGAUAGAUCAGGAGCCGUCCAAGGAGUUAUUUUUUUGGGGUCGAUUAGAUACGACGCACUCAAAAAAGUAUACGAUGCCAGGCAAUCUAGUCUGGGAACAAAAAUGGCCCAACGAAUGACUUUUGGCCUCUUCUCCAACGCCAACUCGCAACGUUGCGAAUUCGUGCGCAUGAAAGGACCCCAGGGAAAAGGACACGCUGAAAUGGCAGUCACCAAACCCAAAGGCUCGGGGGUAGAAACCCCCACUUCUGAGCCGGGGUUCUGCGCCACUGACAUGUGGGACUCAGACUGGGAAGACGAUCCUGAGGACUUCUUCGUGUACAGGAACCAGAGGCGUCUCAGCGAUCCAAGUGCCAACCUCAACAACUUCGUCAGGGGCAGUUGGAAGUCCAAGGUCGACUCCAAGAGCAGAUCUGAGCAGGAAGGGUUGGACACCAUCAAUAACGGUGUUAGCGAGAUCGAAGCUGGAGAUUUGAGAGACGAUAAAUCUGGUCCUACUUCUUCUACAAAGCCGGCUUGCUGUGGCUGUUUUCUACGCAAAAAGCGAGACUCUCUUGUCCUGCUCGAAAUGUACAGAACCGCGUGUCAAGAGCCUUCCAGGUGUUCCGCAAGGGCGCCUCUUGGGCCUCCCGAAUACAACUGCACCUGCGAGUCGGUCCCACAGAUCACCAAGCUAAUCAACCAAUCGGAGUACGAGGUGGGGAAGGAGAAAUACCUGAAGAUACGGAGGAAGGCUAAGAAACCCCAGCAGAAGAGCACCAAGGAGUUUGAGUUCGCUGAUGAUGCCAUCAGUUUGAACAACGAAACCUUUGACGAUGAUCCUCCGGUUAUCAACAAGGCCUUGACGGAAAACCCCUACUUGAACGUUAACGGCAAGGUCGAAGUACCUUUGACGACCUUGAACGAGAGGUUCUACCCCAAAGAGUCCUCUUUGAAAACCAAUAACGUAACUUCGAUUGAUAAAGAUGAUGCAACUAAUUCAAACGCGAGAACAGAACAUAUCCAAGACGUGGUAAACAGACUUAAGGACGAUAAAAACCUUGACAAAAAUGAAAAUAAACUAGUGCUGAAGAAGAUCUACAGUUACUGCACUUUACCAAAGAAUAAAAAGGUGUCGACUGAUACCGUUCCUAAGGCUGUUUAUCGACCUUCAGUUCCGCCCAAAAGGGUGACACCUGAUGGAACGCAUAUUUAUUAUUGGUGCGAUAUCCAUAAGAGGGGACCUUCUGAGCUAGAUGACGGUGCGUACAAUCCUCUGUGGACGAUGAGGGGAUUCACCCAAACCUUCCAUUUUUGGAAAGAAAACAAACGCGCACAAUCAGUCCCUCUAAAUGCCUUCCUUACUUACGUUACAUUGCCAUGGUGGAGUAUAGCGAAAGAUUUACUCGACCACAGGGAAGGUCCAAUUCUAACUUUUUAAUAUUUAUUCCAAAUGAGAUUGUUUGUUGUAUCUAUUUAUAAAAAUUAAAUAUUUAUAUUAUU